AUGGGAGAAGCGAGUGAGCAAGCUACCAUGAUGCAAGUCCUCAACGCUUUGAGAGAAGAGAUGAGGGUUAUGCGGCAAGACCUUGGGGAAAGAAUGACCAGAGUUGAGCAAAGACCUCCUCCUUUGCAACCAGUACGGAACGUUGAUAGGUUCUUGAAUCCAAACAACAGAAGAUAUGGAGUGCACGUCCAUGACAACCCGGAGACUAGCACCCGGAACCAGCAGACUGAUGAGGACACGGGACAGCAGCACGGUCCAAUACCAAACCAGAGAGCAGGGUUGCAACCAGAUGACUAUGGUGAAGAAGAAGAGGAGGAAGGGUAUGCACCUCAACCCAGAGCUCCACGCAGGCAAAACCGGCACCAAGGGUUUGAAGAAGAGGAACUCCUGCCUCAACACAGAGCCCCACGCCAACAAAACUAUAACCAAGGGCCAGAGCACAUCAAGAUGAAUGCUCCCGGCUAUGCGGGAAAGGUUGAUCCAGAAGCUUACCUAGACUGGGAGAAAAGGAUGGAUCACAUUUUUGCCUACUAUAACCACCCUGGUCCUAAAAGAGUUGCUUUGGCAGUAGCUCAGCUCACGGACAAUGCACUUUCCUGGUGGGAUAGAUUGUGCUCCGAUAGGAGAAGGAACGGCCUGACGCAACUAGACUCUUGGUUAGACAUGAAAGAUGCGAUGAAGCAACGGUUUGUGCCUCAACACUUUCACAGAGACUUGCAAAGGAAGUUACGGGAACUCAAGCAAGGCAGCAAGUCAGUGGAAGAGUACUAUGAAGAGUUUGAGAAACUAAGAAACCGUUUGGACCUUAAUGAAGAUGAGGAAGCUACCAUGGCUCAGUUCCUUGAUGGUUUACAGGAGAGGUUAAGCUGCAAGGUGGAGAGACAUGUUUAUGCUGACAUGAAGGACCUGUUCCAUCUAGCUAUCCAAGCUGAACAACACAUCAAGAAGAAGAGCUCCAAGGGCAAGUCUCAAGUUUCUUGGAAUUCAAGCAAUAGCAACUACAACAAGUCGGUGGACAAAGGAAAAGGGGUUGAAGGAGACAGCCGGCCUAAGCCUCGCACCACCGAACCCACGAAGGACAACAAAACCGAGCCAGCCAAAACUACCAACCCCCAACGUGCGAGAGACAUCACCUGUUUCAAAUGUAGAGGCCGAGGGCACAUGGCAAGAGAGUGCCCAAACCAGAGGGUUAUGCUGCUCACCGAUGAUGGCUAUGAAUCUCGUGAUGAAGGAGAAGUACCUGAGAUUCAAGAAGAGUAUGGAGAAGUUGAAUAUGCUGAUGUGGGAGAGAGCUUGAUGAUCCGACGUGUGCUUAGCGACCUAGUUCAACCCGCCGAGACAAUCCAAAGAGAAAACAUAUUCCACAGCCGUUGCACCAUAAAAGGUUCUGAUGAGUUAACUCUUCAUCCAGAGAUUACUAAGCUUCUUGACAUGUUCAAAGAUGUGUUUCCAGAGGAGAUUCCGCACGGUUUACCCCCACUCCGAGGCAUUGAGCACCAGAUAGAUUUUGUGCCAGGAGCUGCCCUGCCAAACAAACCGGCUUAUAGGGUGAACCCGGAAGAGAUUAAGGAGUUGGAGAGACAAGUACAGGACCUAUUAGACAAAGGAUACGUGAGGGAGAGUCUCAGUCCCUGCGCUGUGCCUGUCUUACUUGUACCAAAGAAGGACGGGACAUGGAGAAUGUGUGUAGACUGCCGAGCCAUCAACAACAUCACCAUCAAGUACAGACACCCCAUCCCACGGCUUGAUGACAUGUUAGAUGAGCUAAGCGGAGCCACCAUCUUCUCCAAGAUUGAUCUUAAGAGUGGGUACCAUCAGGUAAGAAUGAAAGAGGGAGAUGAGUGGAAGACAGCUUUUAAAGCAAAGCAAGGUCUAUAUGAAUGGAUGGUGAUGCCAUUUGGACUUAGCAAUGCUCCUAGUACUUUCAUGCGUCUCAUGAACCACAUUCUUAGGCCAUACAUCAGUAAGUUUGUUGUGGUUUAUUUUGAUGACAUUUUAAUUUACAGUACUAGUUUACUUGAUCAUGUGACACAUCUUGAGCAAGUACUAGAGACACUUCGACAAGAAGGGCUUUAUGCAAACCUCAAGAAGUGCACAUUCUGCACUGAUAAACUUGUCUUCCUAGGUUUUGUUGUGAGUUCACAGGGCUUACAGGUUGAUGAAGAGAAGGUUAAGGCCAUUCAAGAGUGGCCGACUCCAACAAACAUCAGCCAAGUCAGAAGUUUCCAUGGUCUAGCUAGCUUCUACAGGCGGUUUGUCAAGGAUUUCAGUAGCAUAGCUGCACCCCUUACUGCUGUGGUGAAGAAGAGUAUUGGGUUCAUUUGGGAAAAAGCUCAACAGGAAGCCUUUCAGACCUUGAAGUAUUGCCUGACUCAUGCACCAGUACUGGUCUUACCCGACUUCAAUAAGACCUUUGAAGUAGAAUGUGAUGCAUCAGGGAUUGGGAUAGGGGCAGUUCUUAUUCAAGAAGGAAAACCCGUGGCUUACUUCAGUGAGAAGCUUGGUGGAGCAGCUCUUAAUUAUCCGACCUAUGAUAAAGAGUUGUAUGCCUUGGUGAGAGCUUUGGAGACAUGGCAGCACUACCUGCUGUCUAAAGAAUUCGUGGUACACACUGACCAUGAAACCCUUAAACAUCUAAAAGGGCAAACCAAUCUCAAGAGGAGACAUGUCAUGUCCCCGAUCCUGGAUAGGAUCGUCCGGACGGACUGCGGUGCAAGGAAACGCACCAGUCAGGUCACAUGACCUAAGGACAAGCGUGUCAUGGUCCUGAAUGAGGGUUAAGGGCAUUAGUCAGCUGAGACUUAACCAGGAUACGAUGGAAAUAAGGGUAAAGGAGCUGGGUGAGUGUUUAGGCAGCUGGACGAGUGUUGGCUUGAGUUCAAUCAGCUCGGUUCAGCUGGUAUUCAGUUCACCAUGAUCUGUUCAGCUCACAGGAGCUGGUAGACUAGCUCACUCAGCUGGGAACAGCUGGAGGUCAGCUCAAUCCGGUGAACGGUGCGUUCUGGUUCGGAUCA